AUGCUCGACAAGUGGAUAGUCGUCAGAAUUCACACACUCGUGUAUCUUUCAAUCUCAAAUGGAAUAUGCGAGAUCUGCAAAUACAUCAAUGUCCUGGGAAACGGCACGGCUGUUUCAUGUUUGGUCAACCUUAACCAAAAUCUUCUGCCAACCACCCGCCACUCCAAUAAUAAAAAUGGAUUGCUGCCUGUCUUUAUUAAGCUAUGCUUUACACCAUUUGCAUCAAAGCCAAGUAAGCAAUGGGCUUUGCACAGAUUGUUGAGAAAUAGAAGAGACACCACUCAGCUUACCAUCAACAACAUCAAUACAAUGCUCAAGAAAGAUUCUGGUAUGCCUUUCAUUAGUCACUAG